UCCUUAUUCCUUAUUUUCUUACGCUCGGCGUAAGGCUCCAAUUAGAGCACAAGAGGGAAAUUGUGUGCGAGAUUUGAGUUUGCGGGAACGUGAACUACACUGAUGCAAUAUGAAAAUAUAGAUUACAUUAAUAAAAUAUUUUUAGUAUUAAUAAAAUAAAGAAUUUAGUAUAAUGAUGAAUUAUGAAAACGAGAUGUUGGAUAGUGCUUUUGACGAUGAUAAUUAUGGUAAUGCAUCAGAAGCUCAAAUCCUAGUAUGGAAGACGUUAAUUAAUUUAGUGCAACUAAAUUUAAUUUUGUACCAGAAGAAACACAAAGGAUACAAUAACAAAAGCAUGAAGAUGCAAAUAUGGAACAAUAUUGGUGCAUCCUUGACACCGCCAAUGACUGGAAUUGAUGCAGAAAAAACAUUUUAUCGUUUACGUCAAAAAUUCGAAAAAGAGUGCAGGAAAGUCAAUACAGUCGCAGGCAAGAUCUGGCGCAGAACAUCAUCAAAUUUCCAACCUAUUCUAAAGCGCAAGAAAGCUAUGGCUUCGCAACUGUCGCAUUUUAGCAGCUCACAGCAUUCCAGUUUACAAUGUGCCACACUAACAUCUGCAACAUAUCCAUCUAUAUGUACACCGCCAAUAAUUCUGAAGAAAACACAGAUGUAAUAUGGAAUACUGACUUGUGCAAAUCUUUAGAUUCAGAAUCUUGCUGAAAAUGAGAAAGCAUCUGUCGCGGAUUUCAUGGAGUCGUCUUCUUCAGUGUCACUUUCUAACUCAUCAAUUUCACAAGGCAUUGCAUCCACAAGCAUGCAAAAAGCCGUAGUUUCUGCUAUCACACCUCAAAGACUGACACCACCAGCAGAUAGUACUAAAAGAGAAAGCGACAGACAAGUGAUGAAGUGGAUGCAGCAAUGCUAGAAUUAUCCAAAAGCAUCUCCUCCUUGGUCAACUCACUAGCAAUUGCACUGAAAAAAAUAUAACGUCAACAGCAUUACAAUCGGCAAAAUCAGAAUUAUCUACUGCAGUGGAAAACAUGACGAGUGGUAUAACUUAGGAUUGAACAAAGUUCAUGAAGAACAUCAAAUGGAUUGUUUUAUAUCGAUCCUUGUUUGCAUUAAUGACUUUAUAAAGAGAUGAAACUUUUAUGAAUUUUUUAAUAUGCAUAAGAUGUCUUGACUAUUUUUCUUUCCAUAAAUGACUUAAUUGCUUUUGUUUCAAAAGAUUUAUAAAAA